GGUGAAAGUAUCUGAGAUAGGCUAGGAGGUGUAUGUCUAGUCAGGUUUGUUCAAACCCCUCUGCUUCCACCGCCCCUCUCUUGCCUCAUACCCCCAGCAGGCGAGAAGGACUACAAAUUCCUGCCCUGCCAGCCUGCACCUUCUUUCUCUUGCGCCCCAGUUUUCACCACAAAGGAGCCCAGACUUCCAGCCCUGCCUCAGAAGACCCCCAGGCUGACACCUCAGUCUCAUUCCUUCCCCACUUGGAGGCCAAGAUCCGUCAGACACACAGCCUUGCCCACCUCCUCACCAAAUAUGCUGAGCAGCUGCUCCAGGAAUAUGUGCAGCAUCAGGGAGCCCCGUUCGGCUCGCCCGGAUUCUCUCCGCCGCGGCUGCCCGUGGCCGGCCUGAACGCACCGGCGCCUGGCCACGCGGGGCUACCGCUGCAGGAACGGCUGCGUCUGGACGCGGUGGCGUUGGCUGAGCUGCCCCCGCUGUUAGAUGCUGUGCGCCGCCGCCAAGCAGAGCUGACCCCCCGCGCGCCGCGCCUGCUGCGGCGCCUGGAGGACGCGGCGCGCCAGGCCCGCGCGCUGGGCACUGCGGUGGAGACCGUGCUGGCCGCUCUGGGCGCCGCGGCCCACGGGCCCCGCCGCGAGCCCGCGGCAACCGCCGCUGGCGCCACCCCCGCCCCCGUGGGCGUUUUCCCGGCCAAGUUGCUGGGGCUGCGCGUGUGCGGCCUCUACCGCGAGUGGGUGCGCCGCACCGAGGGCGACCUGGGCCAGCUGUUGCCCGGGGGCCCUGCCUGAGUGCUGCACUCGCUGUCGCCUCUGCCCUGUCUCUGUCUCCCUUCUUCCACCUGGCUCCACUUCCCUGUUUCUCUCCACCUCCACCAGUGUCUGUUCUCGACUGUCAAUGUCAAGCUGUACCCAUUCCGUUCCUUUUUCUCUCUGGACCUAUCUGCAUGCCACGUCCCCUUGGCCUAGUUUUCUCGCCAUACCUCACCUUCUUCAUGCUUGAGCCUGUUUCUGUCUCUCAGCUUCAUCUAAUGGAGGUACACCUUUGUCUCUCUGUCUCUCAGGCCCUCUGUUUGACCUGUGCUGGCCAGGAAAAGUACCUGCGGUCCUGUGGGGGGAAGGCACCCCCCACCUCCAGUCACCCCAUCUUCCAGCUGCCCUCACUCUCCGGAUUCAUCCCUUUCGGCCUCCUCCUCUCCUUUUGAUGUCCUUCCUGUCCUUUAACUGCCUCUCUCCUAUUCCUGCACAGCUCUCUCCCCCAGCCAGGUCUGUGGUAAGGGGGUGGGGGUGAAGCAAAAUCUUAAAAGAGUUUUAUUUCAUAAUAAAUAAUAUUUUGUAAAUAAAAUGUUCAAAAUUAAAACUAAAA